GUAUAUAGGGGGUUCAGUCCUUCUCUGACGAAUCUGGAGACACUGGACAGAGAGCAAUCCCAACCUGCGUGGACCUCUUUGAGAAUUACUCCUUUUAGAAAAGCAAAUAAUCUGCACAGAACAAAGAGCAACGAUGGGCAAUGAAAUUACAAGGGAUUUUAUCUGGAGAGAAUUUGAAGAAUUCAGGAGAGAUUUGAGUCAAGGCAGCAUUCAUGAACUGGCUGAUAACUACCAAAAACAUUUAAAUGAGAUGCAAAAUCUGCCCCUUAAUAUUGCAGUCACUGGGCAGGCAGGUGCUGGCAAAUCCUCCUUUGUCAAUGCCUUCCGGGGUGUAAUGGAUGGUGAUGAUGAGGCGGCUGAGACUGGGGCAGUAGAAGGAACCAAAGAGCCAAAGGCAUAUCCCCACCCCUCUUGUCCCAAUAUCCUAAUAUGGGACUUUCCAGGAAUUGGAACACCUAUGUUUAAAGAAGCCGAAUAUGUGCAGAAAGUCCAAUUUGAAAGAUAUGAUGUCUUUAUUAUGGUUACCGCUGACCGCUUUACUGAAAACGAUGCUUUGCUGGCAAAAGAAAUACACAAAAUGGGAAAGAAGUUUUAUUAUGUACGUAGCAAAAUUGAUAUUAGUAUCGAAGGUGAAAUGAGGAAAAAGAAUUUCAAUAUGGAGAAAACCCUGGCAUGUAUAAGGGACUAUUGUGAAAAUAGUUUGAGAAAGGCAGGUGGUCCCUCUGCAAGAGUAUUUCUGAUCUCCAAUUGGAAGGCAGACAAGUAUGAUUUCCCUCUCCUGCAAGAGACAAUAAUUGCUGAACUUCCGAACUACCAGAAGCAGAUUUUAACACUGGCUGUGCAUCUUUUCUCAGAAAAUGAAUUGAUGAAGAAAAAAGAGCUGAUGAAAUCAUAUAUAAAGAAGGUGGCAUUGGUAUCUUGUGUUUGUGGAAUGGUGCGUGUUCCAGGUCUCUCUAUGUUUUGUGAAAUUGGAAUAUUGCUGGAUGCUCUGAAACGUAUCUGCAAUGCAUUUGGCUUAGACGAACAGACCCUUCAUUUUCUUGCACUUCAGACAGGAAAAGAAUAUGAAGAGUUGAGGUCAGCUAUCAAGAAAACCCCAUUAGUCAGCACAAUAAACAAAGAACUCGUAUUUUCUCUAUUGAAGAAGUCAGCUCUUUGGGUAAAUGUGUCGAUUGUGGAAAUAGCGUUUACUUUUAUACCUGUUAUUGGGUCUGUGUUUGGUGGAGCAAGUUCAUAUGCGAUCACAUACUAUUUUCUUAACAGCUUUCUGGAUGAUGCGAUGGAAGAUGCACAAAAUGUUAGAGCAAAGCUUCUUGAGUGAUCAGAGUCCCAAGGAAAGCAGACAACCUCUUCCCCUUGAAGGAGACAGUGAAGUAUUUCAUUCAAAUGAGAGUAAGGGGCAAUAAAAUAAUAAUGUUUCAAUAGCUUAUUAGAACUACCUACUUUCUUUCUUGUUUUAAUAAUUCUCCAGUUGAAGUAUGUGCUUGAUUACCCUUAGGACAAAUAACUAUCUCUGUCUGCAGAUGUUUUCAUAGGAAGCCGGAAAUUUCUUUUUUUUUUUCUUUUCUUUUUUCCUGUUCUUUGUGUAAAUAGCAAAACAAAACAGGA